UAGGCCAACAGAGGUCAAGUUCAUUUUGCUCGUCGCUUUUUCUAAAUCGUGCAAUUUUUUUUUGAAAAUUACUUAUUGAAAAAAAACAAAAAGAUUAUCCCCUCAGAAAGGAAAAAAAACAAAACACAGUACUCCUACUUUUUCUCACUUGAAAGACAAACUUCUUCUGAUUCAGCAACAGAGAAAAAGAAGAAUAGUGGGAGUGAUUUGUUGUGCUCAUCAACUGGUGGCGUGUAUCGUUUGUUGCGACGGCAGAUACGAUGAAUAACGAAUCUACCUGCCAUCAGCCAAGCACCCUCACUGUUGAUUCCCUUUCAUACAAGGAACUUCAAGGACUGGCCAUGUCCCUCAGUCUACCGGGCAAGAUGAAGCAAGGGGUUUUAGUGGAAGCAAUAAAAGCUCGUCAGAAUCACAACGAACAGGCCGUCGCGAUGAUUUUGGAAGCCAAUAGGCAAAGGAGGAUCCUCAAACGUGAGCAACAAUUGCGACAUCAACAGCAACAGCUGCUAAAAUUCAAAGACGUAGAUAACAAACGCAAGUGCUUGGCCCGACCGAAAAUAAAACGUUCUGCCAGCGAAAUGGAAAUGGAUCCAACUUACAUCGUCGACCAAGAAACUUUCAAGCGUUCCAAGUUGGCUGCCGCGUUGAUCCAACAAACAAGGCAGUCCCGAGGGCCGGCCUUUUCUUUCACGGCGUUGACCACAGGAGCCACUUCCCUGACGAUCCGUAAAGAGCAUACGUACCAACCAACUCAUGUAAGCACAUCGAACAUGGGGGGAUGUAGCUCAUGGGACCAAGCGAUUACGGCCGAGUCGGUGGCCCCUCUUCCGUCACAGUCUAUGCCCAUCAUACCGAAAGCUUUGCCGGAUCUCUCCAAAGAGCUAUCGAUCCUGCCCGUGUUGAGCGAUUGCAGUGCGGUCACUUCAUCUUCGACCAACAAUGAAGACCUUUGCUGUAGCGUGGGCAGCGUGAGCAGUGGGGCCACAAGUACGAGCAGCUGGCAGUCGAGUUGCAGCGGAGAAAACCACCAGUCGCUUCCGCAAAGUAGUUUUGAAGACUGCGAUUCCGCGUGGAUUGGAGCAGACGAAUCAUACGAUCUCAACACGUGGAAGAACAUGCACAACUCUAAAUCAAAUAGUAACAGCUACGAGAACACGGCGCCUCCGGUUCCACCUAACUCAUCCGCAGGCUAUUUUGAAGCGGCAGCAGCAGCAGCAGCAGCACCUGACAUCUUUAUUAAUAAUGGUGACAUUUAUUCUCCGGAUGAUUUCAUAGCCAACAGUUCCGCAUCCGGGGCAAAUUACAAUGCGCAAGAUUAUCAGCUUACCCUCGAAUCUUCCAGUUCCUUCCAGGACGUGAAACCAGAUCCUUCGACGUGGUCUGAAUCAGUUAUACAACCGUCGCACACGUUCCAGCAACCUCAGCAGCAGUUUCAGCAACAGUCUAAUGGCGUUUGUACAGUGUCGACGGAAUCUCGAGUAACAAACGGCGGUUGCUGCUACGACUUUGAUUGCCACAAACUGGGUGGUCCCUUCUUCCGGAUCCAGCGACCGGGUAAUUCAACUCCCGUUUUUGUUCAUAGUGGUCGUAGCUUGACGCUGUCCACUUUUUGCAACAUGUUGCCACGAGUUGCCUCCUUUGUUCAAUAAUUAAGUGUGAUUUAAAUGUUUACAUGCUCAAUCAAAAGAUUAAUGCGCCUUAUACGCUGCCUUUUGUUUUAAUGUUUUUUUCCCCCGUUGUUUAAUUUAAUUUAAAAAUCGUCGGUCGGUAUCCAAUUAUCGAUUUCAUUUACCCUGUUUAAUAACAAUGCUCUUUGUUGUAUGGAUGCUUACUCGCACAUUCAAGAUUCUUAUGAUUACCUCCAAGUCCCUUUUCUUUUUGUGAUACAAGUUUUUGAUCGCGAGCUCACGUGUUCAUGCGGAAAUAAACGCAACUUUGUUUUGCCUCAAAAAUG